AUGGCGUCCGCCGCCGCCGCCAAGCGCCUCGAGGGCAAGACGGUGCUCAUCACGGGGGCCUCGAGCGGCAUCGGCCGCAGCACAGCCUUUGAGUUUGCGCGCACAGCGCCCCGCAACCUCAAGCUCAUCCUGACGGCGCGGCGCGUCGACACGCUGCGGGCCAUCGCCGACGACAUCGUCAGGGAGGUUGGCGACGGCGUCGAGGUGCUGCCCGUGGCGCUCGACGUCAGCAAGCCCGACGCCGUGCGCGGCUUCGUCGCCGGCCUGCCCGAGGCGUUCCGCGCCAUCGACGUGCUCGUCAACAAUGCCGGGCUCGUCAAGGGCGUGGCCAGGGCGCCGGAGAUUGCCGAGGCCGACAUGGCCACCAUGUUCGACACGAACGUCACGGGGCUCAUCAACGUGACGCAGGCCGUUCUGCCCAUCUUCAAGCAGCGGGCCGACGGCGGGGCGGGCGACAUCAUCAACGUGGGCUCCAUUGCUGCCGUACGCCGGGGGUUCCAUCUACUGCGCCACCAAGGCUGCCGUGCGCAGCUCACAGGCGCGCUGCGCAAGGAGCUCAUCGCGACGCGGAUCCGUGUCAUGGAGGUUGAUCCCGGCCAAGUCGAGACGGAAUUCUCGGUUGUCCGCUUUUACGGCGACAAGGCCAAGGCCGAUGCCGUCUAUGCUGGUUGCGAGCCCCUGACCCCUGACGACAUUGCCGAGGUCAUCGUCUUUAGCGCGACGAGGCGGGAGAACGUGGUCAUUGCCGACACGCUCGUGUUCCCCAACCACCAGGCUGGCGCUGGUGUUCUGCACCGCAAGUCAUAG